AUGAGCCUGCAGCAGACGUUCACAGUCUGAACGGAGCUGUAGCCAUCUCCUAAUGCCUCCCUCUCCCUCAGGAGACAGGCCACUGUUCUUCUGUCUGAUGCCGCUUAAGUGUUGUGCUGUUCUCAUCUAAACCCUGUUAGCAUUGAACUCAGAGCCAUUUGUUUGUGCAUUUGUCAAUAAUCAGGUAGGCUCAGGCAACAAACACUGCAAACACAGUAACAGGACACACAUGCCUUCACAGUGGAGGAUGGGGAAGAUAAAUGGGCGCAUUUUAACUGUCAUAUCCCGAGCUUUAUACAUUAUUCAUGUUGAUGCCCCAAGACAGAUCAAACAUCUUCUUUCAUCAUCAUCAGCUCUGCCCAACUCACUUCUUAUCUGUCAUUAUCUCUUUCUUGAUUUCUCUGCAUGUUGAGCAUCUAGUAUCUUACUUCCAGUUUCUAUUUUUAACCUCUUAACACCUUCCUGCUUCCAAUGAUCUGCUCAGAGAGGUCUGAUACUAAACCCCUCGCCCGGGCAAAGCAGGUGCGGCCUCGAGACGUUCAAGGUAAAAAACAGCAAAGCGCCACUCUGCCCGCCUCUUCCAAACCUGCGGGUGGCACUGCAGCCACAACCAAGCACAAAGACGGCGCCUCGGGGACUAAAAAGACUGCUAAAACCACAGGCAAGACAGGCUCAUCCGCUCAAGCUAAAUCUAACCCGCGGAGCACUAACAACACUAGUCGCGGGAUUGCCAAAUCCUCCCAUCCAAAGAAGACAGGACUCACAUCAAAACCCACUCCCGCCUCCGCCUCCACCUCCACCCCUCGCUCUCGUGUGUCUAGGGACUCCACAGCACAGUCCGAGGGGACAGAUGCAAGGACCAACCGCAAAUCAAACACUCCCUCCUCUUCCUCUAUACCCCAAAAUACCCCCGCAGAGACUCCUAGCCAGCCCAGGGAGUUAAAAUCCUCGUCCCUUUCCUCAGAUGCCUCUUUUAAAGCCUCAGGCAGUGAGACAGAGGGAGCUCAGGCUGCUUCUAAACCUGCUUUAGAGCCUAAAUCUGAUCCCAGUGCCUCUGCUACGGGCGAGGAUACCCACAAGGGUACUGAACCCGCUGUCCAGUCUCCCCAUAUCAACACGUCUACAGAGGACACUUCCUUCACAGAGGAACAGACAGAGAGGACGGGAGGGGAUGGAGGAGAAGAGGAAAAGAAGAGCGGACAAGCAGAGUCUGCUGUGGAGAACAGCCCGAGGUCAGCAGACGGCCAAGCUGAGAGGUCACACGGCCUCAGUGUGAACACGGAGCACGCCGAGGUGACGGUGAUCCCCGACCGGCCGAGAGACAGUCAAACAAGUGACUCUGACUCCGACGGACCAAUCCUGUACCGCGAUGAGGAGGAAGAGGAGGAUGACGAGUACACAACCAGUGCUUUGGCCAUUAAGAUCCGCCGACGAGACACCCUGAACAUCAAGCUGGGCAACCGACCCAGCAAGAGAGAGCUGGAGGAGAAAAACAUUCUGCCGCGGAGCUCCGAGACAGAGAGACACGAGCUCCGCCAGCAGAUAGGCUGCAAACUAGUCAGGCGCUUGAGCCAAAGACCCACCACAGAGGAGCUGGAGCAGAGAAACAUCCUCAAACAAAAAAAUGAGGCAGAGGAGCAAGAGGCCAAGCAAGAGAUUAAAAGGAGACUCUCAAGAAAGCUGAGUGUGAGGCCUACUGUGGCAGAGCUCGUCGCCCGCAGGAUCCUGCGUUUUAACGAGUAUGUGGAGGUAACGGACGCCAAGGAUUAUGACCGGCGGGCAGACAAACCCUGGACACGGCUUACUCCCGCUGACAAGGCUGCUAUCCGUAAGGAGCUGAAUGAGUUUAAGAGCCGAGAGAUGGAGGUUCAUGAAGACAGCAAACAGUUUACCAGAUUCCAUCGGCCCUAAGUGCGCUCGCUGCCAGCUAGACGUCAGCACCACAAGCUCUCUGGUCCACAGCUCCCAGCAGUCCCCCGGCCCUCCUGACCCUCCUGACACAGCUCAGUCCACUUUGCUUUGGGAUCCUCCUGCACCUGAUGAUAUGUAUUUCUGUCUAAAGUGACAGCUACAGGUGUGCCUUAAGGCCUCGGCCAUCCAUGGACACCAGUGAUACAUUUGCACAUAUCUAUAGUCGGAACAGUGGUAUGUAUAGCGAUCUGUUUAGAUUAUUUAUUAUUGUAUAUGACCAGAACCUGCUGGUAUAUGAUGUUUUUUCUGUGUUGUUUUGGUUCACUUCAAGACAUGCCAUGAGAGGUUCCAGGGAGGAGAAACUGGCAGAAUUGCCCUCUUAGUAGUGAAUGUGGCUCAGUAGUACUACAGAGUUUGUGUACUUGCCAAGGUAUGCCUUGUCAUACUGCCAAAUAGCCAUAUAUGGGCUUCCUCCUCAAACAGGAAGUGGAAGUGAUUGGAUGGUUGCAUGCUGUUGUCAGGGCCUGUGUCAUAGAUCAGAGGGGAGGAGAGGCAGUUUGUUCAGCUCCGAUGUGCCUCUCGGAGUUGAAUCUGAAAUACUGCUGUUCAUUUUAUACAUAUUUUAAGUAUAUUGCCACUAGAGGGCAUUAUAUCAUAAGAGUUAUGGACUGUGAGGAUGAAGAUGUGGAUGCAGAUGAGGAGUAAUAAGUGAGUGUUAUAUUUAUUUCUGCUGAAGUUGAGGGAUUGGUGGAAACCUGAGGCUUUAAUAGUGAAGUGCAAUGGAAAUGACUCCCAAUUCUCGCCAAUUCUAAUCCCUCAGCGAUCCUCCUGAUGAUACACGGCAAUCAUGUAUCAUCAUAAAUCUUGUGUUGAGUUAUUUAGUGCAAAGCUCAGAUCACAAAGUGCUGGACUUGCUGUUUUGAGGAUUUUCUUUGACUUCAUGCUGAAUCACUCAGAGUGCCUUGUUGCCAAAGAAAAAGCAGGAAUUUGGUAGUUUGUUGGUCUUCUGCAUUGAAAGUUUUGAUUUUUCUGGCAAACUUCCAAUGAUGGUGUUAUGAAUAGAGAACAGGCACAGAGAGUUUCAGCACUGAAGCAAUCAACAGGCUCUCGGUGAAGUCUAGAAGAGCUUUAUUUUCCAUUUCCGUGAACAUGCAAUUUAAUCUGUUUGCAGCCUGUGAAAGAUCCGUACAGAGUGCUUUGCUGACAAGUGGUCCUUUUACACCUUGCUCUAACAUGCACCUCGAAUCCAGCUGAAGAGAUUUGUUUUUAACAACAUGCAGAUUGAUUUGCUCUUUU